AUGGCGCCCAAGAAGUACAUCCAAACGGCAGCCGACAUCGAGAUGAAGCCGCACUACCAGUGCAGUGCAGCAGAAUGUCGCAAAGAGAUGACAGCAGCCGGCACUCCGCCACACCAGGACCUCUCCAUCUCCGAGUUGAGGGUCAUGUUGAGGGAGUCGCGGAUCCGUCGCGGCCUCCUUCAGGUGAAGGAGCCAGGCCAGGACCAAAUGGCUCGCAUCAAGAAAGCCAACAAGAGCGAGCUCCAGGAACUCGCCAAAGCCUACAAGCUGUCAUCCAUGGAGAAGGCCACGGUGGGGGAACUGAAGUUAGCUCUUCGCCAAGCUGUGAUCGACGAUUGCGAUGGGGACACCAAAAUCAACUUUGGGAAGCACCAGGGGGCGACCUUCAUGGAGGUGAUGAGCACCGACCACCAAUAUGCCAUGUGGGCAACAAGGGAGGUGAAGACUUCAGAGAGCCCAGACUGGAAGUUGAUCCAGUUCGCUCGUUGGGUGAACAAGAUGGAAAAUGUGGAGGAGCCCCUGGGCAACACGCCCUUCAUGGCUUCGGGCAUCCCCAUGGCGGCUCAAUCUCCCCAAUCCGGGGCGACAGGAGAAGCACCGCUAGCCUGGGCAGGCCUGGUGGUGGCUCCAGGUCAAAACCGCCACUUGACCCAGCCGGGUCGCUACAAGGCAGCUGCCCCCAUGCCUGCAGCCCAGGGGCCCAACGACCUCCAGAUGCCACAGUCCGAGGCAGCGGAGAUCAAGGAAACCAUGAACCAGAUGAUGCUAAAGAUCCACACCCUGGAAUCAGAACUGAAGGAAGCAAAGGAAGAAGCAGCAUCAGCCUCUUCCAAAACCCGGAAGACGAGCACCAGCUUCGAGAAGAUCUCAGUUCACGGGGAACCACAGCUUGGGAAGACUCUCGAAGAAGGGUUUUUCCAUGGGCUGGACAAGCUUUUUGACCAAGGCCGUUUGUUUCUUUUGGAGAUAGCUUGCGCACCUGAUUCAGUACUGACCACCGAAGCACAAGCAAAAGGACUCUCAGCUGAACGCGCCUCGCUCUUCAACGGACACGACCUCACCACCCCUGAAGGACUCCGAAGAACCCUUGAACUGAUCAAACAGAAGAGGCCCCGAAACAUUUGGAUUUCCACGGAGUGUGAGGUCUGUGAGGAGAGGAAGAGGCCGGCUCCUCGUAGGGUUGCCACCUUAGAGGUGGUGCCCAAGAGGUGGACAGUCGCUCUCGCGGACUGCGCUGUUUGGAGGCACCCAAUUUCCAAAGAAAGGGUCACCUUCGGAUUGAUCAUGGACCAAGGGAGUAGGUUUUUGGUGGGAAAGAUUUUGGGAAAAGGGGAGUCUUCCAACGUGAAAUCCACCCAAUACAUCGACUUCUAUCAAAGCCAUUGGUUGCAGUAUUUUGGACAUCCGGACUUCCUCCGAUUCGACGCCGAAGGAACUUGGCGGUCUAGAGAGAUUGACACUUACUUUUCUAGAAACCAAGUCAUGUUGGAUCCUAUCCCCGGUGACGCACACUGGCACUUGUCACCAUUGGAGCGAAGCAUAGCUUGGCUCAAAGAGCUUUUGUCCCGCCUCGCCCAAGAGAGCUCAAGCAUCUCUACCCAUGAGGCGGUGCACCAGGCAUUGAACAUAUGGAAUAGAAGAGAAAUGGUGAGAGGCUUCUCACCCCACCAACAUGCGUUGGGCCAGGCUCCAGACCUCGAUGGCCGCUUCUUCCGAGAAGACAUUCGUGGACUACCAGUGGACAUCAUGGAAACACCAGUAGGAGAGCUGGAAAAAAACACCAAAGCCUCCGACUCCAAGCAGAAGAAGUCUUCUUGA